UCAAUGUGCAAAGAACGUUUGUAGAGCAAGCCCACUGCUAAUGUAUUAUCAGAAGCAUCUUUAGUACGCUGAUGAGCAUAGUCAAUGGAGGGAAAUAUGCAGAUGUAAGCUAAACAAAUACAGGGUAUGGAGAGGUCUGUAUAAGAGGACCACAUGGACAUGCUUAGGAACUUUCCAGGGAUAAUUCCAGUAAAUAAACAGGCGUCCAUAUACACUGGCUACAUCAACAUCUGCAAUGAAGACUACAGAAUCCAUAUCGAAUUACCCGACAAGAAGAACCUGGAAGAACUGCAGUUUUCUUGUGACUGGAAACUUCAACAGUUACUUCAUGGAUACACAGCCAUCUUGAAACAGAGGCUGAAACAGUGCACUACCCUGUGUCAGUAUUUACUGGAGGUGAAAAGUCUGGUGGAAAGACAAUUGGAAGGGAGACAACAGGUCCAGCAGAGAGGAAGCAGUCAGGUGUGUGCACAACUCCUGGGGGAGGUGGAACACCUGGGAUGGGACAGGUUGGUAUCCAUUGAUGCAAGGUUCCAAACACUGGAGCUUCAGUGUAAAGAUAAAAAGGGGAGACAACACAUUCUGAAGGUUACUCUUAGUCCACAACAUCCACGCGUCGCCCCCAAAUGUGUAGUCGACCUGCCUGGCCAGUUUCAUAUACAAUGGAAAUCCACAAGCAACCUGGAAUGGUUGUAUGAACAGUUUGAGGUGGCCAUGGACUCGUAUCAGGACUUUAUUGAUGUCAUGGAAGAGCUAGAUAGGAAGACUUGGAUCCUGGAGCCGGAGAAACCUGUGUACAGUGCCACUUACAGAAGAAUCGCAGUGUCAACCAGCGUGUCAAUACAGAUCAGUGUUGACUACCGUCAUCCCAGGGUGUUACCAGAAUGUAGAUUCCUAGGUGCCGAUCAAGCUGUCGUACCUCUGCGAGAGAGCCUCAACUCAAAUCUCCAUCUGUGGGAUGAACAGAAAGGUUUGUUGGAGAAUUUACAGGUACUGCUGGGAACAGAGUUACCUUCCCCUGCCACAUCCAGUAAAGAGGAGUUCAGUGUUGAGUGUGGGAUAUGUUAUGCCUAUAGACUUGAUACAGAGCUUCCAAACCAGGCCUGUAGUGACGCUCGCUGUGGACAGCCUUUCCACCAAACCUGUCUGUACGAGUGGCUGAGAGCCUUACCUUCCAGUAGACAAAGCUUCAACACCAUAUUUGGGGACUGUCCCUACUGCAGUAAGCCAAUAAAAGUAAAGAUGCCUGUGAAGAAAUGAUAGACAGGAUGAUUGUCCUAUGUUUAACAGUGAGGACGUAGGAUGGACAGGAUGAAUGUCCUAUGAUGUAACAGUGAGGACAUAGGACAGACAGGAUGAUUGUCCUAUGACAGGAUGAUCGUCCUAUGCUGUAACAGUGAGGACAUAGGACAGACAGGAUGAUUGUCCUAUGACAGGAUGAUCGUCCUAUGCUGUAACAGUGAGGACAUAAGGACAGACAGGAUGAGUGUCCUAUGGUAUAAGUGAGGACAUAGGACGGACAGGAUGAUCGUCCUAUGAUGUAACAGUGAGGACAUAGGACAGACAGGAUGAUUGUCCUAUGAUGUAACAGUGAGGACAUUAGAUAGACAGGAUGAUUGUCCUAUACUGUAACAGUGAGGACAUUAGAUAGACAGGAUGAUUGUCCUAUGUUGUAACAGUGAGGACAUUAGAUAGACAGGAUGAUUGUCCUAUACUGUAACAGUGAGGACAUUAGAUAGACAGGAUGAUUGUCCUAUACUGUAACAGUGAGGACAUUAGAUAGACAGGAUGAUUGUCCUAUACUGUAACAGUGAGGACAUUAGAUAGACAGGAUGAUUGUCCUAUGUUGUAACACUAACAGAGUGUUAAACUAGUCAUAUUGGAUCCAAGUGAAGUUAAACUUCUUUAAUAUUGGCCCCACCAUCAUCUGUAGGGUUGAUACAUAAAUAUAUGUGUUAGUGUGUUUGUGCACUAAAUAAGGAAUGUUAAGUUGGGGUACAUGCAUGUUUUUAAAUAGGUAAUUUGUUUUCAUAUACAUGUGUGUUUAUGUAUGUCAGCGUGAUUAUAUCUGAGUGUGACAAUGUAUGAUACAGUCGUAGAAAUUAUAUAGUUUACCAGUAUUAAGGCUAGUAGUGACAUGAUAAUGUCAAGGCUAUGAGGGGGUAGUAGUGACAUGAUAAUGUCAAGGCUAUGAGGGGGUAGUAGUGACAUGAUAAUGUCAAGGCUAUGAGGGGGUAGUAGUGACAUGAUAAUGUCAAGGCUAUGAGGGGUAGUAGUGAGAUGAUAAUGUCAAGGCUAUGAGGGGUAGUAGUGAGAUGAUAAUGUCAAGGCUAUGAGGGGUAGUAGUGAGAUGAUAAUGUCAAGGCUAUGAGGGGUAGUAGUGACAUGAUAAUGUCAAGGCUAUGAGGGGUAGUAGUGAGAUGAUAAUGUCAAGGCUAUGAGGGGUAGUAGUGAGAUGAUAAUGUCAAGGCUAUGAGGGGUAGUAGUGAGAUGAUAAUAUCAAGGCUAUGAGGGGUAGUAGUGAGAUGAUAAUGUCAAGGCUAUGAGGGGUUAGUAGUGAGAUGAUAAUGUCAAGGCUAUGAGGGGGUAGUAGUGACAUGAUAAUGUCAAGGCUAUUAGGGGUAGUAGUGACAUGAUAAUGUCAAGGCUAUGAGGGGGUAGUAGUGACAUGAUAAUGUCAAGGCUAUGAGGGGGUAGUAGUGACAUGAUAAUGUCAAGGCUAUGAGGGGGUAAUAGUGACAUGAUAAUGUCAAGGCUAUUAGGGGGUAGUAGUGACAUAAUAAUGUCAAGGCUAUGAGGUGGUAGUAGUGACAUGAUAAUGUCAAGGCUAUUAGGGGUAGUAGUGACAUGAUAAUGUCAAGGCUAUGAGGGGGUAGUAGUGACAUGAUAAUAUCAAGGCUAUGAGGGGUAGUAGUGACAUGAUAAUGUCAAGGCUAUGAGGGGGUAGUAGUGACAUGAUAAUGUCAAGGCUAUGAGGGGGUAGUAGUGACAUGAUAAUGUCAAGGCUAUGAGGGGGUAGUAGUGACAUGAUAAUAUCAAGGCUAUGAGGGGGUAGUAGUGACAUGAUAAUAUCAAGGCUAUGAGGGGGUAGUAGUGACAUGAUAAUAUCAAGGCUAUGAGGGGUAGUAGUGACAUGAUAAUGUCAAGGCUAUGAGGGGGUAGUGAUGACAUGAUAAUGUUAAGGCUAUGAGGGGGUAGUAGUGACAUGAUAAUGUCAAGUCUAUGAGGGGGUAGUAGUGACAUGAUAAUAUCAAGGCUAUGAGGGGUAGUAGUGACAUGAUAAUAUCAAGGCUAUGAGGGGGUAGUAGUGACAUGAUAAUGUCAAGGCUAUGAGGGGUAGUAGUGACAUGAUAAUGUCAAGGCUAUGAGGGGGUAGUAGUGACAUGAUAGUGUCAAGGCUAUGAGGGGGUAGUAGUGACAUGAUAGUGUCAAGGCUAUGAGGGGUAGUAGUGACAUGAUAAUGUCAAGGCUAUGAGGGGGUAGUAGUGACAUGAUAAUGUCAAGGCUAUGAGGGGUAGUAGUGAGAUGAUAAUGUCAAGGCUAUGAGGGGUAGUAGUGACAUGAUAGUGUCAAGGCUAUGAGGGGGUAGUAGUGACAUGAUAGUGUCAAGGCUAUGAGGGGGUAGUAGUGACAUGAUAAUGUCAAGGCUAUGAGGGGGUAGUAGUGACAUGAUAGUGUCAAGGCUAUGAGGGGGUAGUAGUGACAUGAUAGUGUCAAGGCUAUGAGGGGGUAGUAGUGACAUGAUAAUGUCAAGGCUAUGAGGGGGUAGUAGUGACAUGAUAAUGUCAAGGCUAUGAGGGGUAGUAGUGAGAUGAUAAUGUCAAGGCUAUGAGGGGUAGUAGUGACAUGAUAAUGUCAAGGCUAUGAGGGGGUAGUAGUGACAUGAUAAUGUCAAGGCUAUGAGGGGGUAGUAGUGACAUGAUAAUGUCAAGGCUAUGAGGGGGUAGUAGUGACAUGAUAGUGUCAAGGCUAUGAGGGGGUAGUAGUGACAUGAUAAUGUCAAGGCUAUGAGGGGGUAGUAGUGACAUGAUAAUGUCAAGGCUAUGAGGGGGUAGUAGUGACAUGAUAGUGUCAAGGCUAUGAGGGGGUAGUAGUGACAUGAUAGUGUCAAGGCUAUGAGGGGGUAGUAGUGACAUGAUAAUGUCAAGGCUAUGAGGGGGUAGUAGUGACAUGAUAAUGUCAAGGCUAUGAGGGGUAGUAGUGACAUGAUAAUGUCAAGGCUAUGAGGGGUAGUAGUGACAUGAUAACGUCAAGGCUAUGAGGGGGUAGUGAUGACAUGAUGAUAUAAAGAAACAUAGUUUAUUGUUAUGGUAUGCUGUUGUUGUUACAUAAUAAUUAAUGCAACUUUAAUUUAAAACAAUAAAC